AUGUCGGUGCUGCACCCGGCUGCUCUCCACGACAGCAGAGCCCGCUCUUUAGUUCUGCUUAUCGACGCGGGAGCGCGCGUAAACGCCAGGGACGGCCACGGGCAAACUCCGUUGCACUACGCGGCGGCCCACAAUCAACAGGAGGGCGUGCGCGCCCUGCUAUCUGCCGGCGCCGACAAGAACCUCACGCCUUGGAGUGGAGACUGGGAGGACAUGAAGCCGUACGAUGUUGCCAACGCAGACGUC